GGGGCGUGGUCACAUCAGGAGGACACUGGGGCAGCAGCAGCUGUGACAGAUAAGAGCAUAGCAGAGAGAGGAGAGACAGGUGCAUGGUACAUAACGCAGAGCCGGCAAGGGGGAGCAGCAGCAGGGCAGGCGGGGGUCGCACACAAUCACCAUACAUGUACUUCCAGGGGGAAGUCAUUCUGCCCGGGUCACCGCUGAUCUCAGUCUGAUAUCCGGCCUACAGACCCCGUGCCCGGCUGUCACUGUGGGGUGCAGGAUGGAUUAUUUCCCGGCCGGGGCUCCGUCCCCUCUCGGCCCGGAGCUGGGUUUCGCUGCUCUGUUGCUCCUGUUUGCGGCAUCGCUAGUGAUCGUGCUGGCCUGGUUGCUGCAAGUCACCCGGGGGUCUCUUGCCUCGGCACCGGGGGCCCGCAGCCUUCUCCGUGCUCUCUGCGGCUUCCCCUCCAUACGGGAGAACUGGAGCAAAGCCUGGGCUCAGGCCCUGAACCGGGAGGCAGCGAGGAGCCAGAGUUCCUUACAGAUGCUGUUUGAAGAAAAUCUCCCCCUCCAGCCAAACGUGCACAUCAGUCACGUGACCUGUACAAAACAUUCUGAGAGCAGCAUGGUGCUGUUGUGCUGUCUCUCUGCAGACACCGUCAGAAUUCCCGUCUCUGUCACCCAGGAGUCUCCAGCUGCUGUUUCCUGUAAUACCUAUCGGGUUUCCGUCACUAUACAGCAGGCACAGAUAGAAGUGCAGUUGCAGGAGCUGCCACAGGAAGGACUUCUCGUGUCAUGGAGUUUUAAGGAGCGCCCGGAUCUAUUGCUUCAGAUUGAACCCAAGUAUUUACACCAAAGCGAUGAGGGUGCAGAUCUCGGCACAGUAAAAGAUCUAAUACAAAAUACGCUGCUCACGGCAGAACCUGCUAUGACGUUUAACUUGAGAGCGCACAAUGGCGAUACGGGUGCCUGUGACAGGCUGCGAUCUGGAUCCCCAUCUAGAACAGAGGGUUGCAAACUUCUCAUUCGCCAGCUACGACUUCAAGAUGCGUUUCUGCCAGACACUGAUGUUGAGGUGAUGUGUGAAGCAGAAUUGGAUAACCCCUGCCAACGGAAAACCACACGCAGUGUCAGAGUACAGCGAAAAGGGCAGAUCUGUAGCGUCUCAUGGAGUGAGGAGAUGACAUUUGACCUCACCCCGCAGAGCACUGAGCUGUCUUUGAAAGUGUGGCAGAUACUCAGAAGUGCAGACAAUGUCCUCUUGGGACACACCAUGGUGGGUCUGGGGUCAUCUCAUAGAGAGCUGUAUGGAAAGCAUCUGUACCCACUCAUCCCAAGCUCCCUGCUGUCUAAAGUCACCACACCAGCCAUAUCUGUAGAGUUCCAUCUCCCAGAAGUGAGCCUGAUGCGCGCUACUUUGGGUACUUCAAGUCAGAGAAUCAAUAUAACACCUACCAAGAAAGUUGAGAUGGAUCGCACAGUGAUGCCAGAUGGCACGAUCGUAACUACUGUGACUACUAUUCAGUCCCGGCUGAAGAUUGAUGGCAGGAUCGAUUCUCCUGCCAGUUCGCCUUCAAAAGUAGAAGUGACAGAGAACAAGCCAGUCAUCUUUCCCCGAAGCUGCUCUCCUGGCUCUUCUCCAAGUGGCAGUGGGGGCUCUCCAGCCUCAGUAAAGCUGGACCCAGUGGCAGAGACUGCUAUUAGGCAGCUAACUGAGCCCAGCAACAAGUCUGCCAAGAGGACUCCCACUAAACGUAGCACUCUGAUCAUUUCAGGAGUGUCAAAGGUACCAGUUGGAGAGGAUGAGAUGGCACUUUCGCUUGGAUAUGCGGCCUCUAUGGACGCCACAUUGCAGGGCACGUCCACUUGUUUUCAGGAGUCAAUACUGGAUACUUCUUAUUUUCCUUCUGAGGUUACAACCGCUCUUGACCAAGAUGUUGAUGAUACCACAAGAUCAGACAUUUCCGAUCGACCAUCAAUAGAUGAACUGGACUCGGACACUGGCUCCACUGGGGGAUUGGAAACGCGCAGCCUUAAAGACCACAGAGUUGGUUUCCUCCGCAGCGGCACUAAACUUCUCUUCCGCUGGCACCAUCGCAAUACCGGCCUCAGUCAGUCUCAUGACGACUUGACAAAUUCUUCCACUUCCAGCCGUAAGAAGAGUGGCAGCUUUCCACGGCGCCUGCUUAAGCGCUUUUCUCUGAAGAACAAGUCUGAGCCCAGUGCGAAUGGGGGAGCUAAGGCUGGGGACAAGUGAUCUGGCUAGAAGUAGAUAUUCAAGACAUCACUUAUCUACCUCUGUCCUGUUUAUUGCAUGUCUCUGCAUAGCCUAUACGUGACAAAGGGUGUGUUUGCCAAGCCACAAGAGUGAAGCUUUAUCAAAGGCAAGCAUGUGCUUCAAGUAAAGUGUGAGUGCUGGAGGGAGGUUACGGGGUGUUGGCAAAAAGUGAAAGCGUUGGGGUAAUUAGGAGAACGUAUGGCUUCUUUCCCAGCAUUCGUACCAUGAACGAUGACUUACUGGAAUGAAAGCCUUUAACAGUGAUGCAAAGAUUCUUGUGUUCACUGUAAACAGCCCUCUUAAUAAUUCAUUCCUGUCCCCUAACUACACUGUUUUUUUUUAAAUAUCCUUUGCUGCAUAUCUGCAGUAUUCGCAGUCCAGGAUUCCUCAAACUGCUCUUUUGUGACGGAAAAUAUGGUUAAUUAUGUGGAACGGGAAAGGUUAAAUAUUAUAUGGCAGCAUGUGGACUUAUGGAAGCUUAAUUCAAUGCAGUUUUGGUGGUAAGCAAUUAAGCGCAUCAAACCAACAUGACUUGUGUAUGUAGAUGCUCUGCUGGCCAGGGCACUUAGGGGUAUGAUACAUGGAUGGCUUUUAAGGUGAAAUAUUUAGAUUUCAUAAGGACAGAAUAUGCAGAAGAACUCUUUCUGGCAUUUGUAUGUAGGCAAGUACACGUUGACAGCAAGGGUGUAACAUUAUUUAAGAAAGGGUAAUCUGAUUUUUGCCAUGUAAAGUUGUUUUAAGCAGCUGCUAUGAUUCUAAUUACUUCAUAAUGGUAGUAAUUAGUAAGUGUAUGUUUGUAUUGUAAAUAUGUAAAUGAUUAUUUAUGGAACCACCGGUUUGUCUCUUACGGACACUUCUUGCUGAGGAUGAUGCUUCUGUUCCCUACUGAACACAUGUUAGAGCUGGCUUCUGAUAUACGGAUGUUUUGGGGGGGUUUUACCAAGGACUUUGAACAAAUUCUAGUGAGUUUUUUUUUUUCUUUCUGCGAGUGAAACUUUUAUUUAAAUUGUGAAACAAUUUUUAAUAAAGUGGGUAACAAAUGUUCAUAUUAAAAUGGGUUCUAUGCGGUUUUAAUGUUUUAAAUUAUUAAAAUAAAAUUGAUUACUAUUGA